GUCGCUACUAAAGUCAACUAAUCGUAGUACAUAAAACUAUAAAAUUACUACUUAGGAGUAUUUCGUUUGUUUUUUAAGUGUCCGAGAAAAAGCAUCAUCAUUUCACUCAUGUCGAUACUUCUCCGGCGAAGAAAACUCAUACUUUCACCAUUUCCGCUUUUAUACACUUCUCCUCAUAGUUCUUCUUCUCUAUCUCCAUACCACCAUCGCCAUUUCUCAUCCCUUAAACCCUCCAAUUUUCAUAUCUUUCAACCCCAAGUUCACGCUUUUCUAAAAAGUAAAUUAGGGUUACGGUUAGGGUUAGGGUUGGGGUUUCAAGGUCGACUCAAAUGGGAAGGCAGUUCCGACGAUUACGAUCAAAUCAAAGCAGUUAUCAACUGCCCUCGUUGUUCCAAGCAAAUGAAUGUCCUUUUUUCCAAUCGUCCUUUAUCGAUUUCUCCCGACGAAGUUGGAAUUUACCAGGCGUUGAAUAUUUGUCCUCAUUGCAAAACUGCCUUUUAUUUUCGCCCCUUUAAAAUGACACCAUUGCAGGGUAGUUUCUUUGAGAUUGGAAAAAUUGGGGGUAAGAAUAAGGAUGUGAUGAUGGUGGAUGGCAAGUUUGUUAAGGAUGAAAAUGAAGGGGAGGAAAAUGAUAAAGUUUCUAUGUGGCAGAAGUUGAGGUCUUAUGUGAGGGAUCUUCCUCCUCCGUCUCCUGAUGAUGCAACGCCAUCCUUGGGUGAGAAUCACUGGGCUGCUACUAGGGUUGACUGUGAUAGUAUGUCUGAGGAAGUUCCCAAACGAAGAGGUGGGGUCAAUUUGGUUGGAGAGACAAAUGGUUGGGGCGGAACGAAUUUGGGGAAGGAGUUUCCGACUCCUAAGGAGAUUUGCAGAGGGCUUCAUGAUUUUGUAAUUGGGCAGGAUCGAGCUAAAAAGGUGCUUUCAGUGGCAGUUUACAAUCAUUACAAGAGAAUACGCUAUGCCUCUGAACAAAAACAGUUAGAUGCAGAUUUUGAUGACAAUGUGUAUAAAUGUGAAGACUUAGAUCAUGUCGAAUUGGAAAAGAGCAAUGUUCUUCUGAUGGGUCCUACUGGUUGUGGGAAGACAUUACUUGCAAAAACAAUGGCUCGCUUGGUGAAUGUGCCAUUUGUCAUUGCAGACGCAACAACACUAACUCAGGCAAGCUAUGUUGGAGAAGAUGUUGAAUCAAUAUUGUACAAGCUACUGAUGGCUGCUGAUUUUAAUGUGGAAGCUGCUCAGCAAGGAAUAGUCUACAUUGACGAAGUGGAUAAGAUCACAAAGAAGGCUGAAAGCUCUAUCAUUGGUAGAGAUGUAUCUGGUGAAGGCGUUCAACAAGCAUUGUUGAAAAUGCUGGAAGGAACAAUAGUGAAUGUUCCUGACAAGGGAGCACGGAAGCAUCCUCGUGGUGAUAGCAUACAGAUCAAUACGAAAGAUAUUCUGUUCAUAUGUGGAGGAGCAUUUAUCGACCUGGAAAAAACUAUAUCUGAAAGGCAUCAUGAUUCCUCAAUAGGUUUUGGAGCCCCAGUUCGUGCUAACAUGAGAUCUGGAGGGAUGACAAAUGCUGUGAUUGCAUCAUCAUUAUUGGAAACUGUAGAAAGCAGUGAUCUCAUUGCGUAUGGUCUCAUUCCAGAGUUUGUUGGAAGAUUUCCAGUUUUAGUGAGUUUAUCAGCAUUGAAUGAGGAUCAACUUGUUCAGGUGCUUAUGGAGCCAAAGAAUUCCCUUGGUAAGCAGUACAAGAAAAUGUUUAGCAUGAAUGAUGUGAAAUUUCAUAUCACAGAAGAAGCAUUGAGAUUAAUUGCAAGAAAAGCAAUGGCAAAAAACACUGGUGCUCGUGGUUUAAGAUCGCUAUUGGAGAACAUUCUGACUGAAGCUAUGUUUGAGGUUCCAGAUGUGAAAACCGGGACUGAUCGAGUAGAUGCAGUUGUAGUGGAUGAGGAAGCUGUUGGAUCAGUUGACAAAAUAGGUCUUGGAGCAAAAAUUUUACGUGGAGAUCGUGCAUUAGAAUAUUUUCUACAGGAGAAAUCCAGUGAUAAGACUAAGAAAUAUGAGGUGGGGAAGAACGAAUUGCCAGAAAGCGAUAUGCAGCUUGUGCAUAGAGCUAUGAGCUUGUAAGAUGUAGAUUCAGUCAUCCCCACUUCCCCCCCACACUUUCUGAAAAGUUUUACAAUAUGUAUUGGAUGUGUUAUCUGAUUUUGUAUAUUGGGUAUGAUGAUGAUGAUAAUGUGUUAUCCAAUCGUGUGUUUUCGUACAA